AUGGCUCUGCUCCACUGCCGCCUCGCAGGCCUCCGAAACCUAUCCCGUGGCCGCCGCAGCUUCACCACCACGCCGUCGCGGCUGGCCACGCAGGUGAAGACGGCGCAGCAGCUGCCGUUCCCGAAAAUUAAAAGUAAAUGGGACGAGGAGCCGGUGAGCAUGUAUCGGCAGGGCGGGUUCCACCCGACGCGGCUCGGCGAUAAAAUUGGUGACCGGUAUCUGGUGGUGAGAAAGUUGGGGUGGGACGUGUAUUAUACGGUGUGGCUUGCGAAGGAUUUGAGCACCGAUCGUCAUGUCGCCCUAAAGAUCCUCGAAGAUUCUUGCUACAGCGGCAAGCCAGAGCUGCUCGAGCUCUCCAUCCUCAGACAUAUCAAGACUGCGGACCCGAGCCACCCAGGUCAUAGUCGCAUCCUGCACAUGCUGGAUAAUUUCGAGCAUCGUGGGCCAAACGGGAAACAUGUAUGCAUGACCUUUGAGCCGAUGGGACAUGAUACUCUUGUUCUCUCGAAUAAGCUGGAAGACUACCAAUUGCCAGUGGGAGCUGUGCAGGAGCUGGCAAGGCAAUUGUUUCAAGCGCUGGAUUAUUUGCACACAAGGUGUGGGGUUAUUCAUACCAACCUGAAGCCUCGUAAUAUUCUUAUGGAUAUCAAUGAUACAGAGAAAGUCAUCCGGGAUUACUUGUUAGCCACGCAAGCCCGCGGCAUUCAAGUUCAGUCCAGAGAUUGUCAUCUGGUCAGGUCAGAGUACAUCCCCACGGAGCUCCCACAGUAUCCCAACCAAUUCCGAUUCAAACUCACAGGUUUCGUCGUCUCCUGCUGGGUGGAUAAGCAUCUCGUAGAAUGGAUACAGCCCGCGGCGCUCCGAGCGCCAGAAGUCAUCCUGGGCGCCGAUUGGGGCCCAAGUGUGGAUUUAUGGAAUGCAGCAUGUAUUUUCUAUGAACUAGUGACAGGAGAUAUACUCUUUGGCGGUGUAGCGUUGAACGCAAAUGAGCAGGACUUGGACACCCCAGACGCAAAGGAGCAUCAUAUAGCGCAGAUGAUUGCCCUCUUCGGGCCCUUGCCUGAAGACCUCGUGAGGGAGGGGAGAAACCGGCUCGAUUAUCUGGGCUCUGAUGGAAAAAUGGCGACAUCACGCGUCAUCAUGCCCCGUAGCCUGGCGGGGAAGAUCAAGGGGUUUCGGCCAGAUAUGACGGACGAGGAUGUAGAAACUUUUGAGUCUUUCUUGCUGAAGAUGCUGAAAUAUAGGCCAAGGGAUAGGAAGACUGCGGCGGAAAUGCUGAAGGACCCGUGGGUGCGAGUCCCGUGGGAAUAG